AUGCGGAGCACUCAGACUUCUCCUAUGCACGGCCAUCUCACCACUUCUCCAAGCUCUUUCGGAAACUCUAGUUACGACCGUGAUAGUAGCGAUGGGUGUGCUCAACUUCCCGUCCAGACUCCACCCAGCUCUCCUCCACCUGACCUUUCAAGUCCACGUCACCGUAACAAGAAGAGACGUAGUCGUACGACAGCACAUUCCAUACUACGCUCUGGCCAUCGUAAACGAUCACCGGCAUCCAGUGACACCUCCCCUGAUCCAGAAGAAGAACUUUUUGCAUUUCCACACCCUCCCUCCAACAUAAUGCAGCGCCUGCUUGGCUUUGCGGUGCGUGCGCAAAUAAGGUUCAAGCCUUAUGAGCAGCCACAUGGUUUGGUCCCAAAUGCGUUAGAGCUUCGUUUUUUUCAAAGGUGUCUCAAAUCUGGUGACAAUGAUAUGAGUGUGGCGGAUAUCGAAGGGGGCAAAGAUAUCCUCAAAGAUUGCCUGAAAUGUUUGUCUCAGACGCUGAUUUCUCAAGCCGUCUCUGCAAAGGAAGCUGAUUGUGAAGCCAAGUGCAUGGCCGUGCUGGGAACGGCUUGGGCGGUCGAGGCAAAGGACCGAUACCAGUCGCUUCUUGAAAUGAUUGUCGAAGAAGAACUUGAAAGAUAUACAAUUGACGCCAAGGAAGCUGCCUUUCUCCGGAAGUAUUUGGUUGGACAUAGCAAGGAGGAUCUUGAAGUGGCCAAGGACUUUGAUGUGGGUGCAUACAGCCACAAUUACAGGUCGUUCGCUGUCGCCAACUCAACCCUGAGUCACAUUGGGGGUGUAAAGUCGUGUUUGCCUGAGGGAGAUGCCAGUAGUGUAGCUAUGGAAGAUCUGGCAUCUAACAGUGACUUCGAGGCCGAUGACUGA